AUGUCGAAAAUAUACCGCAAACUCAAACGUAAACUUGGCAAGCUGGGGAGUCAGGCCUCGCCGAAUACGGGGAAUCAGGGAAUGGAGUCCGUUAACCCAGUUGCAGCAAUCCAAGCUUCUUCCGUAGAGGGUACAGCAAGUACCCGUGAGGGAUUAAACGCAGAAUAUAACGUGUCUCUUACUUCCGAAAGGGUCAACACCCCCCCGCAGGAGGUCGUCACUGACGCAACACAAGCCCGUGAGCCCACCGAAGGCAUAAGGCACCACCAAGCUGCAUCUCACAACGCGAUUGGCGAGGCCGCGGUUGCGCUGGACAGCACCCACCCAGUCAGGGACCCAACAGAGGUGACAAUGGAGAUCGCUGACAGCGGGCGCAGUGCUGGGGAACACGACGCUGGAUUAGACAUCUGGUCUCCACUCCUGGAUCGUCUGGGCGCGUUUGUAGAGCUCGUAGAUAAAAUCACACUGAUACAUCCGUAUGCCAGAAUGGCUUGGAGCAUCUUAUCCAUAGUGCCGCGGCUCGUCGUCGCACAGACCGCUCGCGAUCGGUCAAUGCGACAGCUUCUGCAGACGAUGUACGAGACGUACGACUUUGUAGAAAACGCCUCUUUGCUGCGUUUCGACGGACGCGGAACCAAUUAUCUAACAGCGCUAACGCUGCAGACCCUCGAGUGCGCGUACUUCAUCAAGGAGUACGCGAAGGAUAGGAGCUUUGGCCUCCGUCUCAUUCACAACGCCACCAAAAACAUGUUUGAUCCAGCCAAGACUGCAGACGCUCGGGCGGCUGAGUAUAUGGACAAGCUGAAGCAGCUUAAGGCCCGCUUCAUGGAAGGCGCGGCCCUUAGGCGCGAGGUCAAACUAGACGAGAUCACGAUCGUCGUCAAUCGGGUAUUGAAUACGCUGAAGACGACUGAGACGGGCAUACUCAUGCAAGAGCUCAACAGUGCUUCUGCAGGAGGGGCGCGCUACGACAGUAGGAAGGUUUGCCUGCCCGGGACACGGAAGUGGAUUUUGGAUGAUAUAUCCAACUGGAUCAAUGGGGUUCCUCAGCAGGACGAAGUACACCACAGGACCGAUGAGAAGGAGGCGAACCACCGCAUCUAUUACCUUUCAGGAGAAGCGGGGACAGGCAAAUCCACCAUAGCGCGUUCCAUCGCUGCUCUGUAUGACGCGAUGGACCGUCUCGGGUCCUCGUUCUGUUUCGAUCGUGCAGAUGAUCAGCUCACCCGUGUCGGCUGCGUCAUCCCGACCAUCGCUCGCAAUAUCGCCGUCCGUGAGCCUGAGAUGAAGAAGGCACUUGCACAUGCGUUGGGUAAUGCGCCCGAUCUCCCGCGGUCGAAGAGCAUUGGCGAUCAGUUUGAUAAACUGCUAGUCCAGCCCGCAAAGCAACUCAACCUCUCGGGGCCGAUGGUUGUCGUCAUCGAUGCUCUAGACGAGAGCGAUCCUGAAACCCGCUACGCUCUUCUCGAGGUCCUUACGGAGCAGAUCACAGAGCUUCCCAUCAAUGUUCGAUUCCUCAUCACGUCCCGCCCCGAGAAGGACAUCCAUGACGCGCUCAGAAAGAGUCCUUUUGUGUUCUGUCGCAGGAUGAACGAAAUCCCACCCAUCAGUACUGGCGACGAUAUCCGCGAAUACAUGCACGAGAAGCUCGCCCCGCUGCAAAACCAACUCUCCCGCUUUGUCGACUUUGAGGAGACUUGUUCUCGCCUCACGGCAGCUGCCUGCCAGCUUUUCCAAUGGGCGGCUACAGCGUGCCAAGUGCUCACCAGCACGCGAAAGCCGUAUGCCGGGAAGCCUCUAAAGCAGCGCCUCGAUCUCUUGCUUUCCUCCACCGCGAAUUCCGGGGAAGGGAUCCUGGACAAGUUGUAUCAAACUAUCUUGUCUGACACAUUCGAUGAAAAUGACGCAGACACCCUGUCACGAUACCGACGCGUAAUGAAUCACCUUUUCGCAGCAGUGGAGCCCGUAUCUGUCGCGACCCUCGACGAGUUGAUAUUUGCAUCCGGCACCGAGGAUUGGGAAGACGGUGAUGCUGAAGCGGUGCUUCCAUACAUGAGUGCGUUGCUGAGUGGAGCCGAUGGAUCGGAUACAGCCGUAAGGCCCCUGCACAUCUCGUUCCAUGAUUUCCUCCUCCACGAGUCAAGGAGUAGGUCAUUCGCCAUCAGCCCCGGAGAAAGGGAACACGCGGCUUGGGCUCAAGGGAUCGUCAAAGUGCUCGAACGGGGGCUUCGGUUCAAUAUAUGCGGCCUCGAGACAUCCUACAAGCGCAAUACGGAUUAUCCGGAUCUGGAUGAUAGGAUCGCGAAGAACAUAACGCCGAGUCUGAAAUACUCGGCAAUCCAUUGGGGAGACCAUCUUCAUCAGACAAGCUUUGACCCCGCCCUGCUUGAGGAAAUCUUCCAUUUGUUGAGCGAAAGGGUCCUCUUCUGGAUUGAGGCAUUGAGCCUACUUCGCGCGUUGAAGACCUUCCCUCCUACUAUAUCCGCCCUGAUCCGGUGGAUUCCCUCAGUAUGUACCAGUCAUGGUCCCGGCAUGUGCACAAACACUCAGGAAUGA